AUGCGGCGGCGAAGAGGAGCUCCAGGUUCAGAGGUGCAUCGUUGGACGGGCAGGUUCGAGGCUCACCUAUGGGACAAGGGGACGUGGAACCCGACACAAAAGAAGAAAGGAAAGCAAGUCUACCUUGGGGCGUAUAACGAGGAGGAGGCCGCGGCGAGGGCAUACGAUCUGGCAGCGCUCAAAUACUGGGGACCCACCACCUAUACUAACUUCCCAGUCGUCGACUACGAGAAGGAGCUCAAGGUGAUGCAGGGUGUAUCCAGGGAAGAAUACCUAGCGUCAAUAAGAAGAAAGAGCAAUGGGUUUUCCCGCGGCGUUUCCAAGUACAGGGGGGUGGCACGGCACCACCACAACGGGCGGUGGGAGGCCCGGAUCGGCAGGGUGUUCGGCAACAAGUACCUCUACCUCGGCACCUACAGCACCCAGGAGGAGGCGGCGCGCGCCUACGACAUCGCCGCCAUCGAGUACCGGGGCAUCAACGCCGUCACCAACUUCGACCUCAGCACCUACAUCCGCUGGCUCAAGCCCGGGGCCGCCCCCGCCGAGGCCAUGAGCGGCCUGAGCGGCGCGCCGUCCCCGUCGUCCACCACCACGGCCACCACGCUGGUCACGCCGAGGGACAUGGGCGGCCUCCGCCUCCUCCCGCCCUCGCGGAACUCGCUUUCUCUGCUCGGCGACGUGGGCUCGAUGGUGUUCGGCGCCGGCCCCUCGCCGUCCCCGUCCCCUUCGUCCACCACCACGGCGCUCAGCCUGCUGCUGCGGUCGUCCGUGUUCCAGGAGCUCGUCGCGCAGCAGCACCAGCCGGCCGCGGACGUCGACGCCGACCAGGCGGCGGUGCCGGCGCUGGAGAACGAACCCGGGGAGGCACUGUACGGCGGCAGCGGCGGCGAGGACGCGGCGUUCUCGUGCUCCAUGUACGAGCUCGACGACAGCUUCGCCCGCAUCGAGGAAUCCCUCUGGGACUGCUUGGGAAGCUGUGAUCCAACCGUACCAAUCUAG